UUGAAGUUCAUAGGUGCUAGUUUGGUGGCAUCUGCUUGUCGCCUUUAGAAACAGUGCCAUAUAAAAGAGUUAAGCCCUUCUGGCCGUGAGGCGACAACGAGAAACCAAGACCAUUGUUACAUAUACAAGCUAAUUUAGUCUAAGAAAUUAAUAUUGUUAGAGUUAAUGAAAAUGGGUUCCGUUGCUGAAUUUCAGAUUCCAGUUAUUGAGUUACCGGCCGCGGAUUCACCGGAUUUGGAGCGAGGAACUGAAGGGUGGCAACGUUUGUGCAGAAGGGUACGAGAGGCUUGUGAGAAUUACGGUUGUUUCCAAGUGGUGUAUGAAAGGAUACCAAGGAAACUCCGGGAGGAGACGUUUUCCUUGGUAAGGGAACUUGUUGAAGUCCCGCUGGAGAGAAAGCAGAAAAAUGUUAAUCCAAAGCCUUACCAUAGCUACUUUGGACCAUGCAGCCAGGUUUCUCUGUACGAGGGCUUCGGAAUUGAAGAUGCCUCCAACUAUGAUUCGGUUAAAAGCUUUGCUCAAGUUAUGUGGCCUGAUGGCCACCAUCACUUUUGCCAAACUGUGAACUCUAUGGCCAAGCAAUUGGAGGAGCUGAACCAUAUAAUCUGGUUGAUGAUUAUUGAUAGUUAUGAGCUGGGAGAGAAAUGGGAGUCAUUGAUCAUGAGAUGUUACAUGCUGCUGCGAAUGAUGAAAUACAUGGCCCCUCCAUCCGGGGACUAUGUGAAAGGGCUCUACGCUCAUACUGAUAAACCGGCCAGCGCAAUCGUUUGUGAGGAUCAAAUUUCAGGACUGGAAAUUGAAAUUAAGGACGGAGAGUGGACCAAGGUGUUUCCGUCUCCUCGUUCCUUUGUCUUUCUUGUUGGAGAUCCUCUCAUGGCAUGGAGUAAUGGCAGAAUGAAAGCGGCGAAGCAUAGAGUGAUGAUGAGUGGAGACAGAGACCGGUAUUCACUGGGAGCCUUUGCAGUUCCAGUGGAGGGUACGAUAAUCAAGGCACCAAAAGAGCUUGUAAGUGAGGAACAUCCUCAAGUUUUCAAGGAGUUUGAGUUCACGGACUUCCUCUUUUAUGCCAGCUCUGAGGAAGCAAAGAAAAUAGACUCCGCCGAGCAGAUCUACGCAUAUGCUUCUCAACUGAGGAAUUACUAAUGCAUGGAGUUCAAGACCAUGGCAAAUCGGCAAUGCAAAAGUACUGAAGCAAAGGAUGAUAUGAUAUGUUUGUAUUAACUGUGCAGAUGUCAAUGUAUUUUAUGUGAUUAAUUCGUUUUCCCUCUUUCUUUUCUCUUUUAAAAAUAAUUAUAUAUGAUGUAUCAAUUGUUUUAGGAUGUACGACUUAUGCGUGUAAAUUGUAUUUUAGUUUUAAAACCCUAUUAAGAGAAUCAGAUUCGAAGUUGAA